AUGUUCAACGGUUCCGGCACUACAAUCCCAGCAGACCAAUACAACGGUACAAACGAUACUAGCACUACAAUCCCAAAGGACCAGCACAACAGUGCCAACGGUAACAGCACUACAAUCCCAACAGACCAGUACAAUGAUAUCAACGGUACCAGCACUACAAUCCCAGCAGACCAAUACAACGAUACCAACGGUAUUAGCACUACAAUCCCAAAGGACCAGCACUACAGUGCCAACGGUACCAGCACUACAAUCCCAACAGACCAGUACAACGAUGUCAACGGUACCAGCACUACAAUCCCAGCCGAUCAAUACAACGGUACUAGCACUACAAUCCCAAAGGACCAGCACAACAGUGCCAACGGUACCAGCACUACAAUUCCAAUAGACCAGUACAACGAUGUCAACGGUACCAGCACUACAAUCCCAAAGGACAAAUACAACGGUACCAACGGUACUAGCACUUCACUCCCAAAAGGUCAGCACAACAGAGCCAGCGGUACCAGCACUACAAUCCCAAUAGACCAAUACAACGGUGUCAACGGUACCAGCACUACAAUCCCAAAGGACCAAUACAACGGUACCAACGGUACUAGCACUAGACUCCCAAAAGGUCAGCACAACAGUGCCAAUGGUACCAGCACUACAAUCUCAACUGACAGGACAACGGUCUCUACGAUCCCAGCACAAAGGUCUCAUUGGUCCAGUACAGAGAUUCUAAUGGUCCCAGCACAUCUUUCCUAA